AUGAGCGAAGCUCAGGACCACCAUGAGAUCCCGCCGCACAGCGAUGGCGGUACCGCAAAAGACGCCGACACUAUGUUCAGCAGCCCAGAGCUUGGGAACGAUGGCGACUCGAACCCCAAACAUAACGACGACCAAGAGCCAAUUGAUCGGGAUGCCCAGGACGGCGUUCAAUACAUGGAGGCAGUGGCCUCUGUUUGGACCAAGACCUCGCUGAUCGUGGCCUACGUGAUGAUGUGGUUCAUCUAUUUUGUCGUGCUGAUCGAGGGAACCGCCAUCCGAACUCUGACGCCCUUUGUGACAUCAACUUUCGGCAAGCACUCGCUUACGCCUACCGUCACGGUCCUCGCCAGCAUCGUUGGCGGCGUCAACAAUCUCACCCUUGCCAAGAUCCUCGACGUUUGGGGGCGGCACACCGGCAUUGUGGUCUCUAUGGUCCUAACCGAAGUCGGCUUUAUCAUGAUGGCUGCUACUCGCUCUAUUGACCAGUAUGCCGCUGCUGAAAUCUUCUGGCAGAUCGGCCACGCCUCUCUGCUGUAUACCGUCCAAAUCAUCAUCGCCGAUACAUCUUCGCUCAAAAGCCGUGGCCUUAUGUUUGCCUAUGCUGGCUCGCCGAGUCUCAUCACUACUUGGGUAGCUGGCCCAAUCUCUCAAGCUUUCCUCGCCGGACCAGGCUGGCCUUGGGCUUUUGGGACAUUUGCGAUUCUGACGCCUAUGGUCGUUGCUCCACUCAUUGUCCUUUUGUACUGGAAUAUCGCCAAAGCGAAAAAGCAAGGCCUUAUUCCAAAGCGAGACAGCGGGCGAACACCUUUCCAAUCCGUUAUCCAUUACUUCCGCGAAUUCGACGCCGUCGGUCUCAUUCUUUUGACUGGUGGAUUGGCACUUUUCCUUCUGCCAUUCAACAUUUACACCUUGCAACCGGACGGAUGGCGAUCUCCUCUCAUUAUCUGCCUACUUGUUUUCGGCUUUGUUCUCAUGCUUGUGUUUGUCGCGUGGGAAAAAUUCUUCGCCUCUAUCAGUUUCAUCCCCUUUAAUUAUCUUUCUGACCGUCAAGUUCUGGGUGCUUGUUUCCUUGGUUUUACACUGUUCAUCAGCCAAUCCUGCUGGACGUCCUUUUUCAGUUCUUUCCUUAUGGUUGUCAAUAACCAAUCUGUUACCACUGCCAGCUAUAUCACCAAUGCCUACCAAGUCGCCAUCACAGUGUUCUCACUUGUCGCAGGCUGGGUCAUCAAUUGGUCUGGUCACUACAAAUAUGUCAAUCUCUUCCUCGGACUUCCUUUGACUAUUCUCGCGCUGGGCCUCACGUACUAUUUCUCCACUCUUGGUUGGCAUUACGGUUAUUUCAUCUUUACCCAGAUUCUCCUGGCUAUCGGCCACGCAUUUAUCAUCAUCUGCGACGAAGUCGCUGGCAUGGCUGCGGUCUCACACCAGUACGUCGCCGUCAUCCUAGCUAUGGAGGGACUGUUUUCGAGCAUCGGUGGCGGUAUCGGUUCUUCUAUAUCUGCGGCUAUCUGGACGUUUGCCUUUCCCAAAGCGCUCGCCAACCACCUUCCUGCUAAAGAUCUGCCUAAUAUUCAGAAGAUCUAUGGCGAUGUGGUUACACAGCUGAGUUUCCCGAUCGGAUCCGACACUCGCAUCGCCAUCCAAAAAGCCUACGGUGACGCUCAGAGGACCGUGUUGCUCCCGGGUAUUGCUGUCUGGAUUAUUGGCAUAGUUGCAGUCCUUGCCUGGCGAGACGUCAAUCUCAAGAACAUCAAGCAAGUCAAGGGCAAUGUCAUUUAA